AUGGGGUUGUUUUUUGGGAUGUUUUUGGGGAUAUUAUUUGGUGUAGCGUUGAUGGCUGGAUUGGAACGGAUGAUGAGGUAUAGAAGCGCUAAGCGAAUUGCAAAGGCAGUUGACAUUAAACUCCUUGGAUCCCUUAAUAGAGACGACUUGAAGAAAAUUUGUAGUGAAAAUUUACCUGAAUGGAUAUCUUUCCCUGUAUAUGAGCAGGUGAAAUGGCUAAACAAGCUGCUGUCCAAAUUGUGGCCAUUUGUAGCAGAUGCAGCAACUAUGGUGAUAAGAGAAUCUGUUGAACCACUAUUAGAAGAGUAUAGACCUACUGGAAUUACUUCGUUGAAGUUCAGUAAGCUGUCCCUUGGAAAUGUCGCUCCAAAAAUUGAAGGUAUUCGUGUUCAGAAUCUUAAAAAAGGUCAAAUCAUAAUGGAUAUUGAUUUCCGUUGGGGUGGUGAUCCCAGUAUUGUUUUGGCUGUUGAAGCUGCACUUGUUGCAUCAAUUCCUAUUCAGUUGAAGGAUCUCCAGGUUUUCACCAUUAUCCGUGUUAUAUUCCAACUCGCUGAAGAGAUCCCCUGCAUUUCCGCUGUUGUUGUUGCCCUACUUGCUGAGCCGAAGCCUCGGAUUGAUUACACUCUGAAGGCUGUUGGUGGAAGUUUGACGGCACUUCCUGGAAUUUCAGAUAUGAUAGAUGAUACUGUGAACUCAAUUGUUACUGAUAUGCUCCAAUGGCCUCAUAGGAUUGUUGUUCCACUUGGUGGUGUUCCUGUGGAUACUAGUGAACUGGAGCUUAAACCCCAAGGAAUGCUUAGAGUGACUGUAAUAAAAGCAAAUGAUCUAAAAAACAAGGAAAUGAUUGGGAAGUCUGAUCCUUACACAGUUGUGUAUAUCCGGCCACUUUUUAAAGUUAAAACGAAGGUCAUUGAUAACAACUUGAAUCCGAUUUGGAAUGAAGAAUUUGACUUAAUUGCAGAAGACAAGGAGACCCAGUCACUCACUCUCGAGGUUUUUGAUAAAGACAUUGGACAAGAUAAACGGCUGGGAAUAGCAAAAUUGCCACUUAUCGACAUGGAAAUAGAAACUGAAAAGGAAAUUGAAUUGAGGCUUUUGUCAUCGCUUGAUACGCUGAAAGUGAAAGAUAAGAAGGAUCGAGGAACCUUGAGAAUAAAGUAUUUCUAUCACGUAUUUAACAAGGAAGAACAGCUGGCUGCACUAGAAGCAGAGAAAAUGACACUAGAACAAAGGAAGAAAUUGAAAGAGGAAGGAGUCAUAGGAAGUACAAUGGACGCGCUAGACGGAGUAGCAUCAGUAGCCGGGUCUGGUGUUGGACUUGUUGGUUCCGGUGUAACAACAGUAGCCGGGACUGGUGUUGGACUUGUUGGUUCUGGUGUUACUGCCGGUGCAGGACUUGUUGGUUCUGGUGUUACUGCCGGUGCUGGAAUUGUUGGCAGCGGGUUUGGCGCUGUCGGUAGUGGAUUUGGUGCUGUUGGCAGUGGACUGACCAAGGCUGGAAAGUUCAUGGGCAGGACAAUCACAGGGCAAGCUGUAUCCAGAAGGAGUGGUUCAUCUAUUCCUUCGGAGGAGAGUGGUGCUGUGAAGAAAUGA